AUGGCUGCCUUUUUCAUAUUCCUCUUCCUCCUCAAGAAGCAGCAGAAGACGAUUCCGCAUCAGAUUGAAAGUAGUCUCGAGCAUUCCUCCGCCGGCGGCGGCGACCGACUCCUCAACGAGAGAAUCCGGCGCGAGCGCAGCAAGAGACAAUCGCCUCCCAUAGAUUCCAAGGAGGCCGAAACUUACAUUAAGCUCGUCAAGGAGCAGCAGCAGAGGGGUCUCCAGAAGCUCAUGGCCCAGGCCAACACAGCUAAUUCCUCCACAAACUAUAAGGUGGAUCCUUACACCCUCCGCGCUGGGGACUAUGUCGUGCACAAGAAGGUUGGGGUUGGGAGAUUUGUGGGUAUCAAAUUUGUUGAUGCUUCUAAGGCUUCCUCCCACCCAGUCGAGUAUGUCUUCAUAGAGUAUGCUGAUGGAAUGACCAAGCUGCCCAUUAAGCAGGCGUCUACCGCUUUCAUCUGUAUACCAAAUGAAACCAAGAAGCCUCGGGCGCUAAGCAAAUUGCAUGAUACUAGUGCGUGGGAGAGAAGAAGGAUCAAGGGUAAGGUCGCGAUUCAGAAAAUGGUUGUAGACCUGAUGGAGCUCUACCUCCACAGACAAACAGAGACGGCCUCCUUAUCCUAAAGUUCCCGCCAUGGCUGCUUUUGCAUCUCACUUCCCGUACGAGCCAACUCCAGAUCAGAAACAGGCGUUCAUGGAUGUGGAAAGGGAUUUGACUGAGCGAGAGAACCCCAUGGCCAGGUUGAUUUGUGGCGAUGUUGGUUUUGGGAAAACUGAAGUUGCACUGCGUGCCAUAUUUUGUGUAGUCUCUGCUGGAAAGCAAGCUAUGGUUUUAGCCCCAACUAUAGUGCUGGCAAAACAACAUUUUGAUGUUAUCUCGGAGCGAUUCUCUGCGUAUCCUAAUAUCAAAGUUGGACUUUAAGUAGGUUAGGCCUGUAUGUUGGUUGGUCUGGGCCUCCGAUAUCUACAGAUUGCCUUAAAUGGGAUCUAUACUGGACAACUUUGGCCAUUGAGCUCCAACAGUACCAAUUAAUUUGCAGGAAUUAGUUUUUCUAUUACUGUAUUAUUCGUGAAUUUGUUUCAGUUGUAUAUCCAUUUUAUUUUUUAAAUUAGAGACCCUUCGGGCAAGUAGCCUUAGAUGGGAUUGAGUGAGGUUUCAGCGCCCUGAGUUCAUGAGUAAUUAGGACACUAUCUAGCAAAGAAACAGCAUGUUUUCUUAUCUGUGUGAGCGUGCUCUCGCAUGUGAUCUUAUGUUACAACAAAUACAGGCAUCACGUCUAGUAAUUAUUGAAUGAGCUUGAGUUUAAACAUGGUCUAAAGAGAAGCUGGCUUAUACACAUUUCUGUGACCUUUUCGUCCCUUUCUGUUUUUGGUAAAUUUUACAUGUGGUGUUGUGAAUUUGAAAUGAACAUUGAAACUCAUUAUAAAAGACAUUGAUAGUUUAAGUUUGGAGUCCAUGAACUUGAACUGGUUUGUAUCAUAGAUUUCAAUUACAUAAAACAUUGAGUUUCCGUAUGUGCAGUGUAUGAAAAAGAGAAUUGAUCAUGAGAGUGUCAUGGUCGUAAUCAGAUGAUUCAGAUCAUUUUUUUAUAAACUGGGUUUUGUGAUUAGAGAUGAGGAUUUAGGUGUGUUUGGGUUGAAUAUUGUGGUUAGCUCUACCAUCACUAUUAAUUGUUUGAAUUAUGGUUGUUAAUUGCUAGGUUUGGUUUGGACUUGUGGCACCUACUGGUGGAGGUUGCCUCCCUGACAUUUUACUUUUUGUGGUUAUCAUUUCACAUAUAUUGAUAGGAUCGUCAAUUCUACAAUUUUUUUCCGGACUGUCUUAUUGAGCUAGCAAUUUCAUUUCUGAGUUCUUGCAUUGAUCCCUACUGUCCUGGUUUUAAAACUUCAUUUUGCAGUCUGUAUUAUUGUUGGUCUUCUUUCUUGGAUGCAUAAUAUUGUGUAAUGCUACUGCUUUGCUCUUGGACCACUUAUGAUAUAAGAUAUUCUAACUUCUCUAGUGUGGAAUCCAUGUUGAUUGAAUCAGACCAAGUCCGAGAAUGAGGCACAUCUGCCGAUGAUAAAACAAGGUGAUCUGGAUAUUGUAGUUGGGACUCAUUCAUUACUGGGCAAUCGUGUUGUUUAUAGUAACAUUGGGCUGCUUGUUGUCGAUGAAGAGCAGGAAAUCGGAUCCUAUGGAGAUAAGGAAAGAGAGGCAUGCAUUAGAAGGAGAUCUUGGAGAGAGAAGAAGGAGAUCAUCACU